AUGGCUUCACAAUCUCGACGGAAUCGAACAAACAACGAAGAUUAUUAUGCUAUUCUUGGUGUCAGUCGAACAGCGACCGAUGAAGAAAUCAAACGAGCUUAUCGACGAUUAGCGCUACAACUUCAUCCUGAUAAGAAUCCCGAUUCUCAAGCAACGGCUCAAUUCCAAGAUGUUGCAAAAGCUUAUAAAGUCCUCAGUAAUCCGAGCUUGAAAAGAACUUAUGAUCUUUUAGGUUCACAGGGUUGGUUGGUUGCUUACUUCCUUAUGCCGGAAAUAAGUGCUUUUUUUUGUAUUCUUAGCUGCGGAUAUGGCCGAUCAGAUACCCGGAGACAUUCUCGAAGCUAUCAACGUCCACGGGGUGUUGCUUUGGUUGCGGAUGCUGCUGUGCUUGUUUUUGUUGUUGCUGUUGCAAUUUUUGCUGUGGACAAUAUGGAAGUCAUUCGGCAUCGACCGAUUCCAGCUCAGAUUCGAUUCAUCAACAACCGACAGAUUCAUUUCAUAAUGUUGACAGAUUUUAAUCUAUUGAGUUUAUUAAUCAUGAAAAAGUUCAAACUGUUGAAACCAAUGAAGAUGUAA